AUGAACAAGAGCAGAAGGACGAUUUACGCUAUGCAGGCGGCGGCUGUACGUUCCUCAUUGGCGUGGUGGAUCCUCCUCGUCACGUGCCCCGGUCUCCCCAACGGCCGACCCAACGACUCGCCGCCACACGGCUCUCCUACUGAUCAAGGUGAUGAUGUGGUGGCGUCUACAGUGAACGGCAGGCUUCGGGGUAGAAAAGAACACGUGACGGACGACAACAUGCAGGUCUACAUCUUCCAGGGUGUGCCCUACGCCAGGCCGCCUUUGGGAGACUUAAGGUUCCAGGCCCCCCUCCCCCAUGCGCCAUGGACUGGUGUCAGAAACGCUACCCGGCACGGCGCUCAUUGUGCCCAGGACAUCCCCGAUGGCCGGUGGUUCUUCCACAGCAUCCCCCUGUUCAUGCCUCACGACAGGAUCAGCGAGGAUUGUCUCUUCCUAGACGUGUACACACCGACCAUGGACACGUCAGCUCGACUAGCGGUGCUGUUCUUCAUUCACGGCGGCGGUUUGUUCUCUGGCAGCGGUGCACAGUACGAUGGCCGGGCCCUGGCCGCGCUGGGUAACAUCGUCGUGGUCAUCAUCAACUACAGGUUAGACGCUCUGGGAUUUUUAGGCACUGGAGACGAGAAAACUCCGUGGAACGUCGGGUUCUUAGACCAGAUCAGCGCGCUUCGUUGGGUACAAAGUAACAUCCAUUUUUUCGGCGGGGACCCCGAACAGGUGACCAUAGCAGGACAGUCUGCGGGCGGGCUGAGUGUGGACCUCCUGGUGCUUUCCCCCCUCACCGACGGCUUGUUCCACCGGGCAAUAUCCCAAAGCGGCGCGGCCAUGACAAUACCACCCCACGUAUACACAAACAAACGCCUUCCAGUGGAUGACUUCGUCAGGUCUUCAUGGAUGUGCCCAGAAAAUCUCCCUCUUUCGGAGACUUUGGCGUGUCUGAGAAAUGCAUCAACAGAAGAUUUCGUAAAGGUGUUGCCGAAGACGGCGUGGAACGGGCCUGUCGUUGACGGUUUCUUCUUACCGGAUCACCCGAAAACGCUGUUGAAGAAUGGGCCGGUGAAGAACAUUGAGUACCUCUUGGGUGUCACCAAUCAUGAGUUGGGUUAUAUCGUUCUGGGAGAAAAUGCCUGGUUUUGGAACUAUAUUACUAACCACUGCCGGAGAGACAUCCGGAGAAAAAUCGUCCUUUCAUAUGGGAACCAUUUUCAGUGUAAGGAAGGAGUCGACUUGAGCAAGUUCAUCCCCAAUGCCCUGUUGGACCUGUACAUGGAAGAACUGGAUCCACUGAACCAGAUCCUCGGAGAUAUUAUCAUGACGGUUCCCACGGUCAACACGGCGAUGUACGCAGCAGAUAUCCCUGUGUACCUGUACGAGUUCCAACAUCGUCCCUCCUGGCACCACAACAAGCCCGACCACAUCAAAGCUGACCACGGGGACGACCUGCUGUUUGUGUUCGGCGCUCCUUUCUUCGACUGGCCGAGAAACCCGGAAAACACGACCUGGAGACUGAACUUCACGGAGGAUGAGCGAGCUCUCAGUCGGAAGCUUUUGUCCUACUGGACAAACUUCGUGAAAACUGGGGACCCCAACAGGCGAGACACCGACACCACACCCGACCUUGACCUUGAGACAUGGCCUCGCUACUCCAGAGAAGACCAGGCUUACCUGCAACUCGACCUUAACAUAUCAACUGCCCACCGCUUAAAGGAACAAAAAGUCCAACUCAUCAACAACAUGCUGACGUGUUCUUCGGCAGGUGUCCGUCUGGACAGGACUUGGACACUUACAACACUCUGUCACUGUCUUCUGGUAUCAGUCUUGUAUCUUGGAAUAUCUUAAAAUCAGAUCAUCGUAUGUAACUGCUGUAAAGAAGCUUAAGCUUGUAAAGAAGCAGUGGUGCGUAUUGCCUGCCUUCAAGCGAAUAAUUCUGUGGCCCA